AUGGCUGAACAAAAAUAUCUCUCAAAGAUUGCGGAAACGCUGAUGACCCGGGAGCCAUUGGUCAUUCAUCCGCCAUCCCAACCACGCAGAGCUGCCGUAGCAUUAGUAUUGAGAUGUCGACCAAACACAACUAGUGUAGUGGCUAAUAGUGUUAGUUCAGUCAAGAGUUUCUUUGAACAGGCUUGGGUAAACGACAGUCAACCAGAACUACUAUAUAUGCUGAGAGCUACUAGAGUCACAGACCAGUGGUCUGGACAUGUAGCUUUUCCAGGCGGAAAGAGUGAACCUGGAGAGACAGACCGGGACACGGCAAUACGAGAGGUCCAAGAAGAGCUGGGGUUGAAUCUGGACACUGAUAACUUUAUCCAGCUUGGACAACUGGAUGCCCGAGAAAUUAAAUCACCACUUGAUAACAAACUGAUGAUGGUUCUCACACCCUUUGUCUUUUUACAGACUGUACCAGAGACUCCCACACUCUCCCUCCAGGAAUCUGAAGUAGCCGCUGUGAAAUGGGUCCCACUGUCAUUCUUUUUGACAAAUGAGCUUUACAAUUACGAUUACGUGACUCAGAAUCUGGCUCCUCGAUCAAUGAGAAAGGGCAACUUGGCUCCCUUGGCCCGUUCAAUGAUGGGAACUGUCAGCUUUCCGGCAAUUGACCUACCCACUCAAGACCAAGACAGUAACAACAACAAUGAUAGUAGCUCGCACCACUUCAGACUCUGGGGAAUCACAUUGGGCAUGACCCGGGAUCUAAUGAUUUGUGCUGAAGGUGGGAGGCCUACAUGGAAACACAAACACAGCAAGACCUCUCCCUCCAUUGUUCAAUCUACCAAAGAAACCUUCCCGUUUGUAAAGUUCUGCAAGUCUCCGCCUCUGUUCUCACGUAAAGACAUUAGUUUUUUGUUUUGGUUGAUGCACCGUAUCACAUCGUUCAAAGGAAAUCUAACAAGAUCUUCUGGAAGGAAGAAUAUGUUACCCAAGAUUGAUAGUGAAGAUGAGACGAUGUUAAUUGCAUUUCGAAGAGCGAUUGGACUUGCUGUUGUGUUGCGCAUAAGUGGUGUUGCUUGGAUUGUAUACUUUGUUAUCAAGAAAUUAUUGAUAGAUUAG